AUGGUCAAGAUCGACGAUGCAAAGAACGAUGAGCUUGAGGCUGGAACUCUGUCUACCAAGCGCAGCGUCAAGGUCCUGCUCUGUACUACAUUCUCAGGCCAAACAGCUGGCUGGGGAAAAAGUCCGGCGGUGACAGAGUCGCUCGAUCCCGAGUCAAGACUUGGGUCCAGUCUGUAUGGACUCAGUUCAUCUGUUCGCAAGGCAAGCAAGGGUAGCCAGGACCCUUUCCGGCGGAUCAGCAAGCUCGAGGAUCAUGCCUCUCUGGAGCCGGAUAGGAGGGACGGCAAAUUCCUGACCCCCAGCAGCUCUGGGGAAGGGGUCGAGCGAGACUUGAGCUUGCAGGCCAAGCCGAGGGAUGCAGCAGCUCUGGAUAACCACGGCGGGCGGUCGGUCGGUCGGUCGGGCAGGCGGCGAGGGACCAUGAGACUGGGCAGUGGGUGGCAGCGAAUGGAGGCGCCGCCAGCCGAGGAGAACAGGGCCGCGGCGACUUAA